AUGCCGAUCCGUGCAAUCGCUUUUGGCCGAUCUGAUGAGUUUAAGCACCCGGAUACCAUCAGGGCCGGGGUGGCGGAGUUCAUCUCCACCUUCAUCUUCGUCUUUGCAGGCACAGGUUCCGGCUUGGCUUUGAGCAAGCUAACCAACGACGGUCCUGCCACCCCUACUGGUCUUAUGGUAGCAGCUAUUGCCCAUGCUUUUGCCCUGUUCGUCGCUGUCUCCAUCAGUGCCAAUAUCUCCGGUGGACAUGUGAACCCCGCCGUCACCCUCGGUGCCUUUGUUGGUGAAGAGUUUACGUUUGAUGAAGGAGUCGGGUUCUGGAAUGCUUUCGUAUUUGAGAUCGUGAUGACAUUCGGGCUUGUUUACACAGUUUACGCAACCGCAAUAGAUCCCAAGAGGGGUAAUUUGGCAACAACCGCACCAAUUGCCAUUGGGUUUAUUGUUGGAGCAAAUAUUUUGGUGGGCGGGGCAUUCACUGGAGCAUCCAUAAACCCUGCUUUGUCAAUUGGCCGGGUUUUAGUGAGUUGGAACAUUACAUUGCCCAACCACCUGGUGUUUUGGACUGCAUCUUUGAUUGGUGGUGCUAUUGUUGGGUUUGUUUAUGACUUCCUUUUCAUGAACCAAACCUAUAACCAUUUGCCCACAAGUGCCUAA